AUGUCUGUGUACCUGCAGAGGAUGGUUGUUCGGAACUGCUUCAGAUUCCUGAUCAAGACGAAUAAGCAGCCAUACAUCACAUAUCCCAAUAAUCUAAAGGCCUUCAACUCCUUCUACUACAACCGGCUGAUUCACCUUAAAACUGUGGGGAUGGAGCCUGUGGCCAACCGCAAAGGGGUAAUGCUGGUCAUGAAACACAGAUCCAGUCAGCAAAAACCACCUACUUCUGUGAUGAUCACGGGCACUCUCAGCAGCAUCAGGCACAUGAUCAGCAAGAGCAAGUACUUUCUUGAUCUGUGCAUGGUGACCAUCCAUGAGGCCAGUGUCAUCCUGUGA